UCGUCACCAGCCACCAAUACUCUGAUCCUUGGUACAAUACGGCCAUGAAGUUCAAGUUCAAUCCAAGGCCUAGCAUUUAUGUAUCAUGUAGUUGAUAAGACAAUCGAACCUCUUAUCCAGACGGAGUUCCAAUUACCUAAUCAUCAACAUGACCCCAGGUCCAGAUGACGAAGCAUCUAGGCCGACAAGAGUCUAACGCGACGCGUAGAACUACCCAGAUCGGUUUAUCAGUGGGACGGGGCUAAAGCGUACCCAGGUUAGUGUAAUCGGUACCUGAAUGCGACGAUGAGCUUCUCGAAAUCGCCUAGCCCCGCGCGCGAAAAAGCCAAGGAUCGUACCGCAGCGCAGAUCAUGCAGGUGAGAUAUCGGAAGUCGUAUCGCAGCUCCUAUGUAGGUGUGAGCUCAGCUCAGCUAGCCACCACUGCCGCAGUACAUACAUACAUACGGAGAUGGGCAAUCUUGCUUAUCAGCUGUAGGGGAGAGCAGGAUGUUGUCAUUUAAAUUGUUGCUGUUGUCACUUGUUUUACCUGUUAGAAAAUGUCUGUCACACUUCACCCGCAGCUACAGCUCCCUCUGUACAGUCCGUUAAGACGACAUAUUUCGGUUGUGAGGACGUAAUUACAUCGCGAUGAGAUAUACGGACGGGCGAUUACUCGCCGCGUGUUGCGCGCUCGUCGCGCCUCUCGGAUGUACUGCUAGAGUGGUGGCGCGUGGAGGAAAUGAUGCGACGGUGUGCCGUAAAACGACCGUAGCAGUUCUCGGCGCGGGGGUUGCCGGUAUCACGGCCGCUCAGGCGCUGUCGAAUGCGUCGGUCCCGGAGUUCCUGAUUGUCGAGCGCAAUGACUAUAUCGGAGGUCGCGUGAGGCAUGCAAACUUCGGCAAAAAGCCCGACGGAACUCCCUACGUGGUAGAGCUCGGCGCGAACUGGGUACAGGGUCUUGGUUCUGAAGGUGGUCCAGAAAACCCGGUUUGGACGCUGGCGAAGAAGUAUGGCGUGAAUAACACCUACUCGAAUUAUAGCUCCAUCCUAACAUACGAUGAAACCGGCGCCAACAAUUAUACUGGUCUAUUCCGUGACUACGAAGAUGCGUACGGCACGAUGGAGCAGGACGCUGGGUACAUUCUCACAGAGAACCUCCAGGACACGAGUGUGCGUGCCGGCCUAAGCCUCGCUGGCUGGAAGCCCAAGAAGAAUAUGCAUGCCCAAGCCCUGGAGUGGUGGGAGUGGGAUUGGGAGACUGCUUAUCCACCUGAGCAGAGCGGUCUGUUGUACGGUAUUACCGGGUAUAACUUGACGUUCUAUCAGUUUAGCGACCAGAACAACUUCGUCUGGGACCAGCGCGGUUUCAAUACAUGGGUGAUCGGGGAGGCGUACGAGUUCCUUAAGGAGAAUGACCCGAGGCUCUUGCUAAACACCACUGUGGAAACUAUCUCGUACGGCCCUGAGGGCGUCAUUGUCCAGCUUAAGGAUGGCGGUUGCAUUGAAGCUCAACACGCUAUCGCAACGUUCUCUGUCGGAGUCUUGCAGAACGAAGUGGUCAAAUUCGACCCGGUGCUACCGCGAUGGAAGCGCGAGGCAAUCGAGCAAUUCCAAAUGGGCACAUACACCAAGAUCUUCCUGCAGUUCAACGAGACCUUUUGGGAUCGGGAUACCCAAUUCUUCUUAUACGCUGACAACAAAACUCGAGGUUAUUACCCUGUCUGGCAGUCGCUUUCGGCUCCAGGCUUUAUCGAGGAAUCCAACAUAAUCUUCGUUACCGUCGUCGGCGACAAAUCAUACAAGGUCGAGCAACAAACCGACGAAGAGACCAAGGCGGAAGUUAUGAAAGUUAUCCGUUCCAUGUUUCCUAACAUAACGGUUCCUGAUCCCACCGCCUUCAUGUACCCACGAUGGAGCACAGAAGAGUGGGCCUAUGGCUCAUACAGCAACUGGCCCGUCGGUAUGACACUAGAAAAACACCAGAACCUGCGCGCGAACGUGGGCCGGCUCUGGUUCGCCGGGGAAGCCACCUCGGCGCAAUACUACGGGUUCCUGCACGGAGCCUGGUUUGAAGGCCGCGACGUCGGAGAGCGUGUUGCCGGAUUAGUUAGCAAGAACCAUAGCCACGAAUGCGAUGGUAAUUCGACGAUAGGUUGCGGGGCGAUGAACGACUACAAGGUGCUCCACGGAACCACCUCGCUGGAUGAAUACACCGUGGCGAAUGGGUGGGCGGCGAGUAGUUUUCUGACAUACGGUUAUGAGGAGGAGUGAAAGUCGUGUGCUUGCAACCAUAUUUGCGAUAAUACAUACCUUAAUCCAAACAAUCUGAUCCGUUUGAUAAAACACC